GUUUAUAGUAAACAAACAUGGCGGACGAAGAAGCUGCCAUGGCGAUAGUUUGUGGAUUAUUUCUAAGCGAGAAAAAGCGACAGAAAAAGAAAAGGCGUUGGGUGAAGGAGUUGAGACAACGUGAACAAGGUCUCGACUUGUUACAACACGAUAUGGAGUGGACUGCAGCUGUUGCUUUCUUUGUGUUGUCUUAUUUGACAGAUUUCUGACAGGGCGGGGUUACUUCACAUGAACAGGGAGGAGCUCCAGUUCGUCCUCAACAAAGUCGCACCCUUCAUCACCAAGCAGGACACCAACAUGAGGCUGUCCAUUUCUGCUAAAGACAGACUGGUACUGACUCUCAGAUUUUUGGCAACAGGAGAAUCUUUUACAUCCUUAAACUUUCAGUUUAGGGUUGGAAAGUCAACAAUUUCCAAGAUUGUGAGGGAAACAUGCGAAGCCCUGUAUGAGGCAUUUGCUGAGGAUUAUCUCAAGACACCAAAUACAGAAGAGGAAUGGCUGGAAAUUGCACAGGAUUUCCAUCAGAUGUGGCAGUUCCCCAACUGUCUUGGUGCCUUAGAUGGGAAGCACAUUAACAUUCUACCUCCAGCUCAUAGUGGAAGCACCUUCCGAAAUUACAAGGGACAGUUUUCUGUGCUGAUGAUGGCUCUUGUUGAUGCUAAGUACCAGUUUCUGUAUGUCAGUGUGGGAGCACAGGGUAAGGCAUCAGAUGCUGGGGUGUUUGCUGAGACAGAUUUCAAGCAAGCACUUCUCAAUAUUCCAGCAGCUAAACCUCUCCCUGGAUCUGACAUACAAGCACCCUUUGUGUUCCUGGGUGAUGAUGAUGAAAUGAUGAUGAAACCAUACUCCCUUCAUCAGGUGGACUAUCAACAGAGAGUGUUUAACUACAGGCUUUCUCGAGGACGCAGAGUGGUGGAAAAUGGAUUUGGACUACUGGCCAACAGGUGGAGAGUAUUGCUCACCACCAUAAUGCUCAGUGCAGAUAAAGUACAGAAGGUGGCCUUAGCUUGUGUGUGUCUCCACAAUUAUCUGUGUGAGAUUCAGUCUGACACAUAUGCACCUCCAGCCCUGACUGAUUCAGAAGAUGGUGAGCACAGAUUUGUGGAGGGUACUUGGAGACUGGAUGGUCUGGGAGCCAUGCUCCCUCUUCAACCUGGUAGACCCUGCAACAGCUCCAUGGCUGCCAGACAAACACGAGACAAGCUGAAGAGCUACUUUGUUACAUCUGCAGGCAAGGUGCCCUGGCAGGACAACUAUAUUUAGGCUUAGACAAAUCAUUUCCAGUGUUUUGUGUAUUUUUCUUUUUUGCACUGAUAUGUUUAUAGUUCUGUAAAGACAAGAUUUUUUACUUGAUGUUCUUCAAUAAAAUUUAUGACAAAAAAUA